AUUAAAUCCCUAUGAACGGUUUUAUUUUAUUUUAUUGUCAAUUGUUUUAUAUCAGUUUAAAGAAAAGGAUCCAUUAAAGAUUGUGUGUUUAGUUUAAUAAAUUAAUGGUUUAUAAACAUGUAUGAAUUUCAACAAUAUGUCUCUUCUUUUUCCGCUAUCUAUCUUUGCAAGUAAUUCAUAUCAUUAAAAGUUUAAAUCUUAUUUUUGUACAGGUUUUUUUGCGUAUUAAGUUUUCGGUUUACAAAUAUCUUAUUUGCUUAGCUGUUUGUUCUCAGUUAGUCUAUGUUAACAAAUUGUACUGGGUUUUACAUUUGGGAACAUAUACAUCGGUCACUGCACUAUUCUUUACUCUAUUUAUGUUUAUUAAUGAUUCUUUGUUGCUGCUAAAUAGCUUGCGUGGCAGUUUCAAACUAAUCAAGCAGAUGGCUGGUGUUAGGCCCUUAACGGAGGAGGAAAAGGAACUUAUGUCAUUAUAUGGCAAACCAAUUACCGUAUACGACAUUCUUCAAGCUUUCUCACAAGACAAGCCACGUUUCUUUCCAAGGUGUUUGAGCUACAAAAUACAGGCGAGGAAAAAUAAGAUGGAAAGUCUAGGUGAAAUAUCAAUUUACAACUAUAUGAAUUGUAACAACAUAGUACUGAAAUCCCAAGUUGUGAAACAGACUUCUUGCCCAUUUUGCCCAAUGAAAUGUGGAAGCCUCAAGGGCGUGAAACAUAAUUUGACGUCAUCCCAUGCCUUAUUUGACUUUAACUUUCGGCUGUCCGAGAAUGGUCAUCCGAACAUUGAUGUCUCCGUGAAACCUGAUGCAUUCAAAAAUGGGGUACUAAAUUAUGAUUUAGAGGAGCACAAUAGUGUUAAUUUCAAAUUUUAUCACUCGAAAUCCCGUAUGCGAGGAGGCCAAAGGGAUUGUCGUAAGAGACAUAAACGUUGUAAGAUUUUUGAGAAGUAUUCAGACGAUGUCCCUCGUGAUAAAGCAAAUGAAUUGCCUCAUGUGAACGGUGAUAAUAUCUCACCUCCCUGGCAAGAACUCCCUUUCCGGAAAAGACUAGCCACAUUCAGACAACUACUCAACCAGAGAUAGGUCAGUGUUCUAAAGCUAAGGGACCUCGUGCUACUAGCAGAAAAAAGUUGUAUCCACAGCAGGUCGAGGCUGAAAGGUUAUGAUGUUCUUUGUGUUACUUGUUCCUCACAGAAUCUUCGUCCUUAUGAUUUUAGUAACCAGUAUUAUUAUACCUUGUUAAUUUCCAGAAUCUAUCUUCUUAAGAGUCGGCAGUUCUAUCACUCAAUGGUUUAGUUUAAACCAUGCUGUCUUUGUUUCAUUAUGUUGGAAAUAUAUUUUUACAAGCAUAUUGGACCGAGUAAAAAUGAGUAUAUGUGAACACAGUUUGUAACUU